AUGCUCUUGUCAUCCAUCAAGCUUCGCACUCUGGGCAACGUGCUCCUAACUCGACAAAUGGCCAAUAUCAGCAAUAUUGCGAUCAUUGGUGCUGGCCAAAUGGGCUCUGGAAUCGCACAAGUCUCGGCGGCUUCUGGAUUCAAUGUGACACUCGUCGAUGUUGACAAGGACUCGUUAACGAACGCGAUGUCAACGAUUGGCAAGAGUUUAUCUCGAAUUGCGAAGAAGCAACGAUCGAAUACGUCAAAAGAGUCACAAUCUGCAUUAGUCUCAUCAACAAUGGAACGAAUCAAAACAACGACCGAUUUGCCAACAUCCGUUGCAAAUUGCGAUUUAAUAAUUGAAGCUGCCGUCGAAAAACUUGAUUUGAAACGGAGUCUAUUUGCACAAAUUGAGCAUUCUGCCAAUGACGAUGCGAUUCUCGCGACGAAUACGUCGUCAUUAUGCCUCGAAGAUAUUUCAAAAGAUGUGAUAAAAGACAAAUCGAGAUUUGGAGGACUUCAUUUCUUCAAUCCUGUUCCAAUUAUGAAGCUUUUAGAGGUAGUUCGAACCACAGAAACCUCAGAUGAGACAUUCGCUUCAAUGAUCAAAUUCGGACAAGCGAUUGGCAAAACAACAGUGGCUUGCAAAGAUAGCCCAGGGUUCAUCGUUAACCGUUUACUGGUCCCAUAUAUGUUCGAAGCGCUUAGCUUAUACGAACGAGACGAUGCUUCGAUGACGGAUAUUGACGUAGCAAUGAAACUUGGCGCAGGAUACCCUAUGGGUCCGUUUGAAUUGGCCGAUUAUGUGGGUCUCGAUACUCUCAAAUUUAUAAUGGAUGGAUGGGUUGAAAAGUAUCCAAAUGAACCAUGCUUCAAACAAAGCGAGUUACUCAACAAAUUAGUCGCUGAGGGUAAUCUCGGACGAAAAACUGGCGAAGGGUUCUAUUCGUAUAAGAAAUAA